AUGACCAUCUUCACUUGUUUUGGUGCUGAGCAACCUAUCGCUGACAGAGUUGAUGAUGUGGCCACGGUUGAGUCCGUGGAGGGAGUCGUUCCAGUUGACGUGACAAAGAGCGAGAGCAAGGUUGUCGACUGGAAGUUGAAGGCCAUGUUCUGCGUUAUCGGCUGUGUUGCCCUCCUUGGCUGGAACUUCAUCCUGGGCGAGCUUGGUACCCUCAUCGAUGCCUUCGGAGAUGCUUAUGGAACUUGGUGCUCUCUGUGCUACUCACUCUGCAUCAACGCUGGUCAGCUGAUGCUUAUAUGGAUCGGCAAUCGGUUCAGGUUUGGUCCCCGCUUCUACACUGGUUGUGUCACGAUGGGCAUCAGUAUGAUGCUCAUUGCUGUUUGUGCCAUCACCUUCGCCAGGGAUAACCAGGCAGCGGGAUUUGGUGCUGGCUGUGUUCUCAUCGGAAUCUUUGGGUUUGCCAACUCGCUCAUGGAGUCCUCGAUGUUCGGCCUGGCUGCUCUCGUCGAUCCGGUCUGUACUGAGUUCAUCCUCAUCGGCGAAGGUCUUUCUGGUCUCAUCGCCUGGCCGUUGGACAUGCUCUGUCAGGCAAUCCUGCAGGGAUGUGGUGUCACCGACUACACUUAUCCACGAAUGGUGCUUUUCUAUGGUAUUGGUAUGCUAGCCAACUUCGCCACUGUCCCUAUGUACAAGUAUGCUAUGCAGAAGCAUCCUCUUAUGCGUGUUGUCCUCGAGCUGGAGGAAGGUCGCCAAAAGUUCGUAUUAAAAAGAGAGAUGAAGCGCCCACUCGGCCAAGUCGUUUGGGACACAGUUCCUCAAGCCUUCAAUGUUUGGCUCAGUUUCACCAUUACAUUUACUGUUUUCCCCUGGCUUGUAUUCGAGAUGAAGCCCUCGGACUUAUCCGUUGGGUUGUUCGGUCAACUCAUGACCUAUUGCUAUCAGGUCUUCGAUACAGUCGGUCGUUCAUCGCCUAGCUACCACCUCCGCUUGGGAAAGAGAGGCACUCGCUUUGCAGCCUUUGGUCGUUUGAUUUUCAUUGCCUUGUUCUUCCUCUGUGCUGAAGUGAAUGUGAACCCUCUGAACCAGGAUUGGUUCCGCUUUGUUGUCAUGGCUUGCUUUGCUGGCUCUAAUGGUGUUGUCGCGUCCUGGUGUAUGAUUCAUGGACCGACACAAGUUGAUCAAGACGAGCAUGAGGAGUUGGAGAUCGCUGGUUAUGUGAUGGCUUUUGGUCUUAUCUGUGGUAUUCUGAUCGGCUCAGUGCUCGCUACUAUCAUCCAACAAACUGCCUUCAUGUGAGGCUUAAGAGAAUUAUUCUCCCACCUUGAUUCUUAGAUAUCGUUACUGUCCAUUGGCUCGUCAUUUCUCAUUGUAUGUUACUCGAGGAAGUCUUGCGUCCCUCCCUGAGUGUCGGAGGAUCAAUUAGUGAUGAGAUCCCGAUUAGAAACAGGUUAAAGGAAGCUUUGGCUCAUGUCCCACGUUGAAUUCCUUGAAUCUUGCUAUGCCUGAUUUCCUGCACUA